GCCAAAGAAGCAGGAGGAAAAGGGGAAGAAGAAAGAGAAGGGGAAAAACAAAGGAAAGAAGGAAGGAAAGGUGGUAAAAGAAUCAAGUGUGGAGCCGGUGAAAGCACCGAUCGCUGAUCCAGAGCCUGAGCUAAAAAUGGAGCCAGACAUUGAACGGGCACCUGAUCAGCACUCAGUGAGCAGUGCAGAGACACAGCCAGUUCAGGAGGUACAAAAGGAAACAAGUGAAACAAAGAAUGAGCCUGAAGUGAUAGAAGAAGUGAAGGAGAACGAAACUGAAGAACCUGUAGAACUGCAGGAAGAAGGUGGCGAGGAGGAAAAGACAGAGGAGAAGAAGGAGAAGCCGGCAAAAGAAAAGACAACAGAGGAGGCCAAAGGCUCCAGGCGCCAGAAAACCAUACAGUGUAAAGUCACUCUACUGGAUGACACUGAGUUUGAGUGUGAGCUUGAUAAACAUGCUAAAGGCGAUGAGCUGUUGACAAAGGUGUGUGAACAUGUUAACCUUCUGGAGAAGGAUUACUUUGGCCUGGCUCACUGGCAAACACCAACCAGUAAGACAUGGUUAGAAAUGGCUAAGGAGAUCCGUAAACAGGUCCCUGGUGCUGUGUAUGAGUUUACAUUCAACGCCAAGUUCUACCCUCCUGACCCAGCGCAGCUCACUGAAGACCUCACAAGGUACCUGCUAUGUCUCCAGUUGAGGAAGGAUAUCUUGCAGGGUUCUCUUCCCUGUUCCUUUGUCACACUAUCUUUGCUGGGCUCCUACACAGCCCAGUCAGAGCUGGGGGAAUAUGACCCAGAGGUCCACGGAGCUGAUUAUCUUAAGGAUCUGAACCUGGCCCCAGGGCAGAGCAAAGAGUUGGAGGACAAAGUGACAGAGCUGCACCGCACAUACAGAUCAAUGAGCCCUGCACAGGCAGACAUGUUGUUUCUUGAAAAUGCAAAGAAACUGGCCAUGUAUGGAGUCGACCUGCAUCAAGCCAAGGAUCUGGAUGGUGUGGACAUAACACUGGGAGUCUGCUCCAGUGGACUGAUGGUUUACAAGGACAAACUGAGAAUCAACCGUUUCCCUUGGCCCAAAGUCCUCAAGAUCUCAUACAAACGCAGCAGCUUCUUCAUCAAGAUCCGGGCCUCAGAGCAAGAGCAGUAUGAAAGUACAAUUGGCUUCAAACUGCCCAACUACAAAGCGUCAAAGAAGUUGUGGAAAGUUUGUGUUGAGCAUCAUACCUUCUUCAGGGUUUCAUCAGUGGAGCCUCCGUCAUCGCGACGAUUUGUUGUCUUGGGGUCAAAGUUUCGUUACAGUGGUCGCACUCAGGCCCAGACGCGCCAGGCCAGCUCCGUGAUCGAUCGCCCAGCUCCGCGCUUCACACGCUCUGCAAGCAAGAGGCUGUCCCGCAACUUAGACGGAGCUGGAGAUGACGUUCUCCAGUCUUUGCUGCAAAACUCUGAAUCCAGCAGGACUGAGAACGAUGAUUGGUUAGUGCUGUUGCCUGACAAACCUCUGCCUUCUCCUGAAUUUACAGCCACAGAAGAUUCUUAUCAAACUUUCAGUCAGUUGUGGGAGGAGGCGCAGACAGCCAGGGUAACCUGGCAGGAAACUGUGUCUGGUCAAACUGAUUCUCAAAAGGUUAUCCAGACUGAAUUUCAGUCAUCACAGGAAAUGACAUCUGAUGAUGUGGACCAAAGGAAGAAGGAGGAGGAGUGGUCUGCUCUGCUCCAUCGUCAUCCUCCUUUUCCUAUUAUCCCACCUUAUGAGUUCAAGACAGCCAUGUUCAAUUUGAGAAAAAUUAGCUCAAUGGACAGGUUUUUGCAACCAACUCCCAAAAGUGAUGAUGAUUGGCAUCUGUACUUUGAACAAAUUCUUCAUGCCUCUUCACCUGACUACAUUGAAAAAACAAUCACUCCCCUGGACCAGUUGCAGCUCCAGGAUCAGGAUGAGCAGGAGGCAGAGAGCGAUGUUAUUGUUAGGCUUCAGGAAACUGUCACCUUAGUAGACAAACUGAUAGAGGCUGAUGCUUUGGAUAAGAGGCUAAGGGACGUAAGGGACUUAGAAGAAAGGCUUCAAGAAGUAGAUGACAUAGCUGGGAGACUUCAAGAAGUGAUAGAACAAGAGCUGGGGAAAGAUGAGAUGGAGAAGUUAAUAGAAGAAGAACAAAGAGAAGAUGAGGAAGACAUAAAGAAGGGAAAACAAAUGGUAGUCGAAGGAAAAACUAAAACGAUAGUAAGCAGGUCUGUAAAGACCAUUGGAAUAGAAAAAGAGGAUGAAGUAGACGAACUGGAGGAGCAAAUAAAGCAAGUUUUUCUCAAGGGUUUGUUGCCUGAAGAUGAAGGGCAUGAGGUGAAAGGCCAACAUGAAAGAGAAGUGACAAAUAAGACUCAGAUAGAAGAGGGUGUGAGAUUACCGAUAAGUUAUAAAGAAAAUAAAUGGCAGUAUGAGGAGUUUGGCUCAGCCGGUGUCAUUGGCACCGAAGAAGACAUAAAUAAGGGAAAACAAGUGCUAGUCGAAGGAAAAACUCAGAUGAUAGUAAACAGGUCUAUAAAGACUUUUGGAAUAGAAAAGGAAGAUGAAGUAGCCGAACUGGAGGAGCAAAUAAAGCAAGUUUUUCUCAAGGAUUUGAUAUCUGAUGGUGAAGGGCUUGAGGUGAAGAGCAAGACAGAAGUGACGAGUAAGACCAAGCUAGAAUAUAGUUUGAGGAAUGAGGAGGAGGGGGAGCCGGAGAAGACUGGCUCAGCAGGUGUCAUGGGCCCUGCUUUAGCAGUGACACACCAGAAGGUGGUGCAUAGAACUACGAAGAGAGUGACUAAUGUAGGCGAGAGACCACAGAAUCAGGAGUAUGAAGAGGAGGAGCAGCUGCAGUCCAUGGUUAUAGCAGAGAAGAUGAUAACAAUACAAGAACUUCAGGAGGACCGAGCUGAGGGAGAAGAUGUGCAGAGACACACAGAUGAAGAUGUCUGGUUCAUUCUCUUAAACCGUCUUCCGUACAAAGCUGCUUUUCAGCCACCAGUUACCUAUGUUGGGGCAGCUCCAAUGGAUAGAGGGUCUUAUUUAAUCCCAAAAACUGAGAUUACAGCACCUGAGAAAACGAAGAUUAUAAUAAAGGAGGCAAAAGUGCAACAAGAGGAGGCGUGGCCUGAACCAGAGAUCCUGUCACCAAAGACGUUCACAGACAGAGAUGAUAACUGGUUUAAACUGCUGGAUGUUAUUCACAGACAAACAUAUUCUGUAUCACCAGUUAAAUGGAAGGAGCUGGAUCAGGCAGAGGCAGAAAACUUUGAGGUUGUGGUCAGAGCAGCCGCUGAGGAGAUCAGAGAAGAAUUUGUUGAAGAAAGAGAAAUAAUUGAAGAGGUGCCGAGAUAUAUUCCAGAAAUCCCACAACCAGUUGAGCCAGAGGAAUUCAGCCAGCCAAAGACAGAAGGUUUUGUGACUGUGGUUGAAACUGCUGCAGAGCUUAGAGAAGUAAUCAUUAAAGAGAGAAAGGUAACAGAAGAAAUCCCAAGAGAUCUGGAUGUGCUGCAGCCACCAGUGUCAGACAGUGAUGAUGACUGGUACAUGUUGCUGGAUACUGUGCCCAGAGAAACUGCUUACGUACCACCAGCUUUCUCAGAGGUAAGAGAGGAGAAAGGCACAGAAAAGUUUGUCUCUGUGGUCACAGCUGCUGCUGAUGACAUUAAAGAAACAAUCACUGUGGAAAAAGAGAUGACAGAAGUGGCCUCAGUGCAACUACAGCCCAUCAUACAACAUCCGACUACACCCAGGAAUGAUGAUUGGUUUAUGCUGCUGGAUGUUGUUCCCAGAGAAAGUUCAUACAUUCCAUCAGCAUUCUUAGUUAAGCAGGCACAAGUGUCACCAGUUGUGUCAGUGACUGAUAUUACAGCAUUUGAGCAGAGGAGUAUGGGAUUGGACGUCAAAUCCAACAUAUUAACACAGGAGUGGAGGGAAAGCACAGAACCAACACCAGUGGCUGUGAGAGAGAUUGAGGACGACUGGUUUCUGCUGCUGGAUGUUGUUCCUAGAGAACUUUCACAUGUUCCACCAGCAUCGUUGAUCGAGCGGCCCCAAGAGUCAUCAGACUUCUCACUGAUUGAAACACCAGCCGUUGAGCCGAAGAAAAGAGUAACCUUUGAUGUCAAAGUCAAAGAAAUAACAGAGGAGUAUAGGGAAGGCAAAGAACUGACACCAUUGGCUGUGAGAGAGGUGCAGGACGACUGGUUUGCACUGCUGGGUGUUCCCAUUAGAGUAACAAAAAUUGUGCCACAAGUAACCACUGUGGAGGACGUCAAAGUUUACUGUGGAGACAGAAUCGUGCCUGCAGUGCAAUCCAGGAAUAUGUUUACGAUGCAGAGAGAGGAAAAUCUGCUUCCAAUCCAAAAUAUUCCAGAAGUGAAAAUAUCUCAGCCUAUGAGACAGAGAGAUGAUGACUGGCACCUCCUGCUGGAUGUCAUUCCCAGAGAAACAGUUUUUGUGUCUCCAGUUACCCCUGCCGGGACUGUUCAGGCUGUGAGAAAGACAACUGAGGUUGAGGUGAUAACCACAGAACCUAGAACAUGGAAGGAGAUGAUAAUUGACACAGAGACCAGGCAAGAAGCGACACGGUCGUCUGAGAGUAGGCAGAACCAAUUCACACCAUCACUGAUGGAAAGAGAAGGAGCUGAUGAUUGGUUAAUUCUCUCUGACAGAGAAAAGCCUGUCCUUGUCCCAACAGCAACUCAGCAGAAGCUAGAUGAUAAACGCAUCACUACAGUCACUACAGGGACCACUAAGAGAUCAGUGGCUGUGGCUGAAAGUAUAGCCACUUCUGUAAGAACAACUGCAAGACAGCUGGAAGAUGACUGGUAUAGUCUUCUGGAUAUCAGCCCUAAGAAAUCAGUUGCUGUCCCUGAGUCUCUCCGCCUCCCGCCAAAGGUCAGAGUUUCUCCUGCUGCUGCAGCCGGAACAAAGAUGGCCGUCUCUGAGGCUAAACCAUACUUUGAGAAACGAAUCCUGGAGGAAAGAGACCCAUUCUCAUAUUCUCAUGUCAAUGAUGAUUGGUUUGUUCUUCUUGGUGGUGAACGACAAAAGUCAGUGGUGACCUACCAGAGAGGUGCUCGUCCUGUCAGUGCUCCAGUCUUCUCCCAGGCUGCUCUGGCUGAGGCAGGAAUUCCCAUGGCGCCUUUCGACCAACCACAAACCUCCACUCCAAUCAAGGCCAGUCGUCUGGAUGAAAGGAAACUGGAAGUCACUAUGGAAGCUGUGGAGCCCUCAAAAAUUCAGGACGUGACAGAGGUCAAGUCAGCAGUCUGGAGUUCCCAGCCAGGACUAGACUCUUCACUGUUUUCCACCAUGAAUGGGGACAUUCAGCACGGGUCAGAGGUCACAAGCAUGGAGAUGGCACGGUUGAGAAAGGAGUUUGAGAAGCCCCAGGAGGAGCUGCUCAGGCAUCACGCCAGCAUCAGCAAACUAAAGAAGAACUUCAUGGAAGCUGUGCCAGAUCCCAGGCCCAGUGAGUGGGACAAGCGCCUGUCUACACACUCCCCAUUCCGCUCCCUGGGUAUCAAUGGUCAGCCUGUGCCGGGUGCAGAUGGGAGUGAGUGCUUUAGCUCCGUAUGCAGUGGUUCAGUGACAAACGUUGCAAAUGAGGAAACCGGCAGCAGUUUGGAAAUGUCAGGCAUUCCCAGUCCCACUGUGUACCCCAUGAGUGAGCCUGAAGGUGAUGAAGGCCUGGGUUCUGCCUCAGAGUCGUGUGAUCAAGAGGAGGUUGUAGUUUUUGAGCCCCCCUUGGUGCCGGUUGUAGAGGUGGAGGUGGCACGGUUGCCGUCCUCCAUCAAACCUGAUUGUAAAGGUUUAGACGAGACCCAGGAGGAAGAAGGAUCGAGUCCUGGAGAUUUGGAGUGCUCCGGGACGAUAGUUGGAUCUUCCCCUGCCUCUUAUUUCAGGAGCAAUGGUCCAAAGGUCAUACGCUGCUUCCAGCCCCCUCUGGUGCAGACCCAGACAGUCACCAUCACAGCUGCCUCCAACUCUCUGUCCACUGGCAUCUCCACCACAGAGGUCCCCCUUGUCCAGACCAAGGCCUUCACCUAUGACUCAACGAAGGUGACAGUUGAUGGGACAGACGUGGACAAAGAUGGGACAUCUGUGUCCAGCUCCAAGACUGUUACCUCGGAGACGACUAGUGGCACCACAGUCACCACCACGACCACCCACAUUUCAAAGGUAGUGAAAAGCGGCUCUUCAGAGACUCGAGUAGAGAAGAGGAUUGUCAUAACGGCAGACUCUGAUUUUGACCAAGAUAAGGAGAAACAUGGCGGAGCAUCAGCGUUGUAACUGACUCUUGACUUUUCUCCGCUUCUUGACGUCACCUAUUCAGUGUGCAGACCCCAGCGUUUACUUAUUCUCUCUUUUACACACAUUGGUAUUUGACUAUUCAAAAAAGGAACAGCUCACUCAUCUGUGACUGAAGUUUUUGAUCACGUAGUGACUUGUAACUCUGAAUCUGAGAGCUCAAUUUGCAGUGAAGGUAGAGGAGCUGCACAGAUCUGGAGUUUUUAAUCUUAAAGCUUAGUCCGUUAACCGUCAAUGACCCCAUACAGAAUUUUAAAUUAUGUCAGUUCAUUGAUGUCUGGUUUUAAUGCUUUUCAUUUUUCUUGUGGUUUUCAAAUUGUUCAUUUUAAACCAAUCCACUCUCUCUAGUUCAAUUUUCCUUUGAAACUUAUCCUAUGGCCAAGUUGGUUUUUUUUUGCUGUUUACAGGAGAGAAAAUUGUAACAAAAUUACCUCUAUUACACGUGAAUAUUUUUAUUCUCUUUGUCAAAGUUAUAUUCCCUUUGUUGACUGCUCAGGUAAUUUUAAAAUCAAAUCUCUUUUUUUGGCCCCUUAAACCUGUAGCCAAUUAAUAUGUAGUUUGGAUGGAAAAUGAUCUAUUUUGAAAUAACCCGUUUUUAUAGACUUGAUGUUUUUUUAUAGUAUCUGUACAAAAUAAGGAGUUUUAAGUUAUUCAGCUGCCUGAAAACCCUGAAUCAUUAUUGUGUUUUUACCUCAUGUAGUUGACCAAGGAUGACAAUUUCCUUCAAAAUUAGUAAACAGUAAAGUGCUUCCCUCAGCCCUGUUUGUAUUCUGUAGUGUACACAUCACCCCUGCUAUGAAUAUAUUCAGUUGAUUUAACAAACAAAAAAACUAGCAUUGGUCUGUUUAACUCAGGUUUUGAUAUUGUUUGUAAAACUACAGACCUCCCUCACUGUUUGUCCAUAUAUAUGUAAAUCCUCACUGUCACCCAAACUACAUAUAUUUACACACAGCCAAGUGAGAUCAGUAAAUAAAAGAUGCCGUCUGUCACAGUGAACACAUCCAUGACAGGUGAAGGCAGCUCGUCCUGUUUAACAUGACUUCCACUCUACAUGUUCUACUAAGCAGUAAUUUAUUUGUAAAUUAGAGAACCUUUGGUGUCAUUUACGUGUUGUGUGAUGUUUCCACAUGAGCCCAUUGUUAGACUUUCACAGGAUUUGUCAACAUGUUCUUCAUUGAUCAAGUUUGUAAAGCCUUUUGACCUUUGUCCUUUUAGGACUGCAUCUUCUCCUGCUGUUGUCCCUUUAUGCUUAGAGAAGUAAUUGUCAAAUGUAUGUAUCUCUUUGUGGAUAGAAUGUUUGUUAGGCUUUUAUUUAAACCCCCAAAAGAUGUUUUUUGGAUUUUUAGUUACAUGGUCAAUGGCAGUAAACUCUCCUGUGUAAAAAAAAAAAACAAAAAAAAAAAAACAACAAACAAACAAAAUAGUUUCACCAGAAAAAAUAGUUUUUAGACAAUGGCAACUAUUGUUGCUCUGUGGCUUGCCUUUUUAAUGAAAAAAAAUAAAAUGUGCAUUUAAUUGCA